AUGGAGGUGCCGCGCCUUCAGCAUGCCUUCAGCAGCCCCACCGGCCCCUGUGAGGAGGUGAUCAAAAACCUCAGCCUGGAGGCCAUCCAGCUGUGCGACUGGGACGGUAACAAACCACAAGACAGUGGCAUAGCAGAGAUGGAAGAACUUCCUGUACCACGUAACAGCAAAAUAAGCAAUAUCACAUGUGACUCAUUUAAGAUUUCAUGGGAAACGGAUUCAAAGUCAAAGGACCGUAUUACACACUGUUUCACUGACCUCAACAAGAAAGAGAACAAGUACUCCAAUAAAUUUAAACACAAGGAUGUUCCUACAAAUUUGGUAGCAAAAGCUGUACCCUUGCCUAUGACUGUCCGUGGACACUGGUUUUUGAGCCCAAGAACUAAAUAUACAGUUGCAGUUCAGACUGCCUCAAAUCAAGUUGAUGAUGAUUAUGCUGUAUCUGAAUGGAGUGAAAUUAUAGAAUUCUGUACAGCAGACUAUUCAAAAGUUCAUCUAACACAACAUUUGGAGAAGGCUAAAGUGAUUGCAGGACAUAUGCUUAAAUUUUCUGGUUUUUAUCGUAAGCAGCAUAAAGAAUAUUUUGCCUAUAUUCGAGAACACCAUGGGAAUGCUAUGCAGCCUUCUGUCAAAGAUGACAGUGGUAGCCAUGGCCCUCCUAUCAGUGAAAAAUUAGAAACCAUCUUCUUCAGCUGCAGUCCUGAAUUCAAUACUGGGAAGCCACCUCAGGAUUCACCUUAUGGAAGACACAGGUUUGAGAUUGCAGCAGAAAAACUUUUUAACCCCAAUAAUAACUUAUACUUUGGGGACUUGUACUGUAUGUACACUGCUUACCAUUAUGUGAUUCUUGUUAUUGCACCUGUGGGAUCACCAGGAGAUGAAUUUUGUAAGCAGCACCUUCCUCAACUAAAUUCCAAGGAUAAUAAAAUUUUGACCUGUACAGAAGAAGAUGGCAUGCUGGUUUACCACCAUGCCCAGGAUGUCAUUUUAGAAGUCAUUUACACUGAUCCUGUCGAUCUUUCUCUGGGCACCAUGGCAGAAAACACUGGUCAUCAGCUCAUGAGCUUGUCUAUUGCAAAUGCAAAGAAAGAUCCCAGCUGCAAAACCUGUAAUAUCAGUGUUGGACAUUAACACCCACUUUUCUUAUUCUUACCCAGCCCUUUUUCUUCCACUAGGAGCAUUGAUUCUCUGUUGUCCAUUUUCAUCAUCAAAUGUUUUCCACUGAAGCAUGCACAUGCUGCUAUCACCAAAAGGAAACUAC